AUGGAUGCAAUUGACUCCAAUCACCCUGCCUUUGGGUUUGACCAGCCUGCUUUCGACUCCCAGGCGUUUCUCAAUGGUCUUGCCAACCUUGAUGCCGAAGGACCGUUCAAUGCUUCCAAUGGCUUCAGCUACCAAGGAAACCCAGACCUUAUGAGCAGCUUCGAUGAGUACUUCGCCAAUCUUCCUCUCGAUAACCUCGAUGGUUCUGGUCUUGGCCAGCCCAAUUCAGCCACACCUGCCAACUACUCUGCCCAGUCAGCACCCAGCCCUCUCCCCGCACAUGCACCAAACGGGGAGAUGACCUACGACCCCUCGAUUGGGAUUGCAUACACUCCGGAGGAUACAGACGCCGACAAGGUCCGAAAGUGGGAGAACCUCAUCGCCCAGGCCAAUUUGGCCAAUGCUGGCGUGCCACCCUCUGCUCCUGAGCCUAUUGCAGGAGAGACAGUCGCACACAACGCCCAGGUUGUGGACUCGCCCAACUCCCUAUUUGGCUCUCCUCGCUCCCCAUCCGUCGAGAUCAUUGGGACUCCCUGCCCCACUCCACCGACUCCCUCCCCUCCCCGACUUCCUACAGCUACCAUAGCAACUUCCAACGCCGCGACGAAUGUGACUGCAAAAGCUACUCACGCCGUGCGGCUUCCGCGCGCGUUGACGAACCAGAAAGGCUAUGCCCAACAUGUCUCCCCAUUCGCGCCCGUGGCAACAAUUGCCCCUCCUGCUCCUUCUGCCCCGAGUUCUCGUGAGCUUGAGAACGCCAGAUUGCGUAUCCAGAGUCUGGCAAAGGAGCGUAGCUUCUACCAACGUACUCUUCGCAAGGCAACCAACAUCGACCCUAAGACGGGGAAGACCAGCUUGCAGAUGCUACAGGCAGAGAACGUAAGCCUUCGCCGCGUCAAUGCCAACCAAGCACAGAAGCUGCAGGAAGUCAAGGAGGAAGUCAAGCACCAAAAGUCCCAGUUUGCUGCGCUGGGUGAGAAAUACAAUGUGGUAGCCAAGCAGCUGCAUAAGACAAUGCUUGAGCUUCGCGAGUUGAAGGGCGAGUAG